GUUCCCGGAAGUAGUUCGUUCUCAAUCACCGGUGACCCGGAAGAACAUCGACGGGGCGGGGCAGAAGCGGCAAGAUGGCGGCGGAGGUUCCUCAGCAGCAGCCGGAGCCGCUCGGCCCCGAUGCGGACGGAGUGAACUGUUUAGCUUACGACGAAGCCAUCAUGGCGCAGCAGGACCGCAUCCAGCAGGAGAUCGCGGUGCAGAACCCGCUGGUGUCGGAGCGCCUGGAGCUGGCCGUGCUCUAUAAGGAAUACGCACAGGACGACCACAUCUACCAGCAGAAGAUCAAGGUGGGCACCAGUAUGGACCAGUAUAGACCAGUAUAGACCAGUAUAGACCAGUAUGGACCAGUAUGGAC